UCAAAUAGGAGAUACAUCUAAAUCUAAAUAAAACCUAAAGGUGUUAUAACAAAAGAAAACUGCUGCUAAUCAGUAACUUAUGAAAUCAUUGGCAGGAAUCUGCAUUUCACCACUGAUACGUAUUAAAUUAAUGAUUAAAAAAAUAUCUGAAUAAUAAAUGUUCUUAAAAAGUUCAGUGUCUGUUAACGUCAACGAGGAUGUAGUUUUAUUCUGAAAGACUCUGGCCGGAAGUGUCGCCGCGGAGUUACCGCUCUCAAAACACGGAAGUAUUUUUUAGAGCGUUUGUAGUUCGAGCUGCGUCGCGCGCAACAUGUCGGCCACCGCGGACAUGUUGAGAGCGGCGGUGACCGAGAGUCUCACCGCGGCCGCCGGCCACAUCUUCGGGGUGAUGGAAGGAGCCCUCGCGGUGUACGAGGCGGAGCUGGCCCGGUGCCGGCGGGACAACGAGAGGCAACGCAGGCUGCUGGACGCGGUGCUGAAACCAGAAGUUCGGCUACACAGAGCAGUGUUGUCUGCAGGUGUUCAGCAGGACACGAAGCCCCCGAACAUCAAAGAGGAGCCGGAGGGAGAGCCGCUUCCAGGACGUGCACCGGUGAAGACUGAAGAUGACGAAGCUCAGUCGUCACAGCUUCAUCAGACGCAGGAAGAGCACGUGGGGGCGGAGCCUCCAGCCGGCAGCUCAGCUCAACAGGUGGAGGGUGGUGGAGAGGACCGGGGGGGAUCGGAUCCAGAUGGUCUCUUACAACCGGCUAACGCCGAGGAGACGCCGGGCUCCUCCUCCGACCGAGCGGACACGGUGAGAUCGAAGCGGACUCGGAAAGGCGUGUCCGUCAGUCAACCGGCUCGAGACGACGGGACUUCGGUCUCCAGUAAGUCUGAGUCCGAUGAUAGUGACAGUGACUGGGAGGAGACCAGGAAACCUCAGUCAGAUUUAAGAAAGCUGACAAAAUAUGGCGUUGCCAGGGGUGUUAAAGAACGUAACGCCACCGGCAAGAAGUCCUGUCGCUGCUCCAAGUGUGGUAAACCAUUUAAAGCCAACGGGGGGAAAAGCUCUCCGGGAAUCGAGCCCUGGGUUUGCUCAGUUUGUGUUCGGGGGUCCACACACAGUGCCUCGGAGUGUUUAAUCACAAAGAAGACGACGCGUUCAGGGGAAACCGCCUUCGCGUGUUCAGUUUGCAAAAGGCAGUUCGCCUGCAAAGGAGACGCCGUGAAACACCGCCGGAUUCACACCGGGGAGAAACCCUUCGGCUGCUCGGCGUGCGGCAAGAGAUUCACGCAGAGCACAAGCCUGAGCUCCCACAUGCGGACCCACACGGGAGAGAAACCGCACGGCUGCACACUCUGUCCCAGGCGGUUCAUCCGCAGUGGAGUUCUGGACCGACACAUGAGGGUCCACACGGGGGAGAGGCCGUACGUCUGCGCCGAGUGCAACGCCAGCUUCAGUCUGAGUCACACCCUGAUGAAACACCUGAGGAUCCACACCGGGGAGAAACCCUUCAGCUGCGCCGUUUGCGACAAGAAAUUCACCCAGAAGGGACAUCUGACGCAACACGCGACGCUCCACACGGGGGAGAAGUCCUUCGGUUGCCGCGUCUGUGGGAGGAAGUUCACCAGGCGGUCAAACAUGAACAACCACAAGUGUGUAAAGAGUAAAGUAAAAUUAAACCGGAACCGGCAGGAGAAACUUUGAAUGUCUCACUCUCCGCCCUAAUUAUGGGGAAGUGGCAUGAAUGUAUUUGCAAUAUUUAUGCGAUUGGGCUGCUUCGACUUCUUCUUUUUAAAGAUCAAAAUGUAAAUAAAUCAAACACUUCCUUUAUUGAUUACAAUAUUUGUUGGCAAUAUUCAGCAUAAUUCAGAUAUUGGGAAUUUGUAUUCUUUUCAAAAAAUUGCAUUUACAGAAUAUAUAUACAGAAUAUAUAUAUAUAUGACGAUACGUUAAAUUAACUAA